CUGAGCUCCGCCCGCGCCGGAGGCCCCAGCGCGCAGCUCCCGGAGCCGGCAGCCGGGCCGGCCGAGGCGGCGCGCCAGUGGGACGCGGGCGGCCGCGGCGAGCGGCGCUGCCCCGGCCGGGCACGCACAGCGGGCGCCCUGCGAGCCGCCCCGAUGUGGCAGGAGGCGAUGCGGCGCCGCCGCUACCUGCGGGACCGCGCCGAGGAGGCGGCGGGCGGCGGAGACGGGCUGCCGCGGUCCCGGGACUGGCUCUACGAGUCCUACUACUGCAUGAGCCAGCAGCACCCGCUCAUCGUCUUCCUGUUGCUCAUCGUCAUGGGCGCCUGCCUCGCCCUGCUCGCCGUCUUCUUCGCGCUUGGGCUGGAAGUUGAAGACCAUGUGGCAUUUUUAAUAACAGUUCCAACUGCCCUGGCAAUUUUCUUUGCGAUAUUUAUCCUGGUCUGCAUUGAGUCUGUGUUUAAGAAGCUGCUGCGCCUCUUCUCGUUGGUGAUAUGGAUAUGCCUUGUUGCCAUGGGAUACCUCUUCAUGUGUUUCGGAGGCACUGUCUCUCCCUGGGACCAGGUAUCGUUCUUCCUCUUCAUCAUCUUCGUGGUGUACACUAUGCUGCCCUUCAACAUGCGAGAUGCCAUCAUUGCCAGUGUCCUCACCUCCUCCUCCCACACCAUCGUGCUUAGCGUCUGCCUGUCUGCGACGCCGGGGGCCAAGGAGCACCUGGUCUGGCAGAUCCUGGCCAAUGUGAUCAUUUUCAUCUGUGGGAAUCUGGCGGGAGCCUACCAUAAGCACCUCAUGGAGCUUGCUCUUCAGCAAACAUAUCAGGACACAUGUAAUUGUAUCAAGUCCCGGAUCAAGUUGGAAUUUGAAAAACGUCAACAGGAGCGGCUUCUGCUCUCCCUGCUGCCAGCCCACAUCGCCAUGGAGAUGAAAGCAGAGAUCAUUCAGAGGCUGCAGGGUCCCAAGGCGGGCCAGAUGGAGAACACAAAUAACUUCCACAACCUGUACGUGAAGCGGCAUACCAACGUGAGCAUCUUAUAUGCUGAUAUCGUUGGCUUUACCCGGCUGGCAAGUGACUGCUCCCCAGGAGAACUAGUCCACAUGCUGAAUGAGCUCUUCGGAAAGUUUGAUCAAAUUGCAAAGGAGAAUGAAUGCAUGAGAAUUAAAAUUUUAGGAGACUGCUAUUACUGUGUAUCUGGACUUCCUAUUUCUCUCCCUAACCAUGCCAAGAACUGUGUGAAAAUGGGACUGGACAUGUGUGAAGCCAUAAAGAAAGUGAGGGAUGCUACUGGAGUUGAUAUCAACAUGCGCGUGGGUGUGCAUUCUGGGAAUGUCCUGUGCGGCGUGAUUGGUCUGCAGAAGUGGCAGUAUGAUGUGUGGUCCCAUGACGUGACCUUGGCCAACCACAUGGAAGCUGGAGGGGUCCCUGGACGUGUUCACAUUUCUUCCGUCACCCUGGAGCACUUGAAUGGCGCUUAUAAAGUGGAGGAGGGAGAUGGUGACAUUAGGGACCCAUAUUUAAAACAACACCUGGUGAAAACCUACUUUGUAAUCAACCCCAAGGGGGAACGACGGAGCCCCCAGCAUCUCUUCAGACCUCGCCACACCCUCGAUGGAGCCAAAAUGAGGGCCUCGGUCCGCAUGACCCGGUACUUGGAGUCCUGGGGGGCAGCCAAGCCCUUUGCACACCUACAUCACAGGGACAGCAUGACCACAGAGAACGGCAAGAUCAGCACCACGGAUGUACCGAUGGGUCAGCAUAAUUUUCAAAAUCGCACCUUAAGAACCAAGUCACAAAAGAAAAGAUUUGAAGAAGAAUUGAAUGAAAGGAUGAUUCAAGCAAUUGAUGGAAUCAACGCACAAAAACAAUGGCUCAAGUCCGAAGACAUUCAGAGAAUCUCACUGCUUUUCUAUAACAAAGUACUAGAAAAAGAAUACCGGGCCACAGCACUGCCAGCGUUCAAGUAUUACGUGACUUGUGCCUGUCUCAUAUUCUUCUGCAUCUUCAUUGUGCAGAUCCUCGUGCUGCCAAAAACAUCCGUCCUGGGCAUCUCCUUUGGGACUGCGUUUCUCUUGCUGGCCUUCAUCCUCUUUGUCUGCUUUGCUGGACAGCUUCUGCAAUGCAGCAAAAAAGCCUCUCCCCUGCUCAUGUGGCUUUUGAAGUCCUCCGGCAUCAUUGCCAACCGCCCCUGGCCACGGAUUUCUCUGACAAUCGUCACCACGGCCAUCAUACUAACCAUGGCCGUGUUCAACAUGUUUUUCCUGAGUGACUCCGAGGAAACAAUCCCUCCAACUGCCAAUACAUCAAACACAAGUUCUUCAGCCUCAAAUAAUCAGGCGGCGAUUCUGCGUGCACAAAAUUUAUUUUUCCUCCCGUACUUUAUAUACAGCUGCAUUCUGGGACUGAUAUCCUGUUCUGUGUUCCUGCGGGUGAACUACGAACUGAAGAUGUUGAUCAUGAUGGUGGCCUUGGUGGGCUACAACACCAUCCUGCUCCACACCCACGCCCACGUCCUGGGUGACUACAGCCAGGUCUUGUUUGAGAGACCAGGAAUUUGGAAAGACCUAAAGACCAUGGGCUCUGUGUCUCUCUCUAUAUUCUUCAUCACACUGCUUGUUCUGGGUAGACAGAAUGAAUAUUACUGUAGGUUAGACUUCUUAUGGAAGAACAAGUUCAAAAAAGAGCGGGAGGAGAUAGAGACCAUGGAGAACCUGAACCGCGUGCUGCUGGAGAACGUGCUUCCUGCACAUGUGGCUGAGCACUUCCUGGCCAGGAGCCUGAAGAAUGAGGACCUAUACCACCAGUCCUAUGACUGCGUCUGCGUCAUGUUUGCCUCCAUUCCGGAUUUCAAAGAGUUUUACACAGAAUCCGACGUGAACAAGGAGGGCUUGGAAUGCCUUCGGCUCUUGAACGAGAUCAUCGCUGACUUUGAUGAUCUUCUGUCCAAGCCAAAAUUCAGUGGAGUUGAAAAGAUCAAGACCAUUGGCAGCACAUACAUGGCAGCGACAGGUCUGAGCGCUGUGCCCAGCCAGGAGCAUGCCCAGGAGCCUGAGCGGCAGUACAUGCACAUUGGCACCAUGGUGGAAUUUGCUUUUGCUCUGGUAGCGAAGCUGGAUGCCAUCAACAAGCACUCCUUCAACGACUUCAAACUGCGAGUGGGUAUUAACCAUGGACCUGUCAUAGCUGGUGUAAUUGGAGCUCAGAAGCCGCAAUAUGAUAUCUGGGGCAACACGGUCAAUGUGGCCAGUAGGAUGGACAGCACUGGAGUCCUGGACAAAAUACAGGUCACUGAGGAGACAAGCCUCGUCCUGCAGACCCUCGGAUACACAUGCACCUGUCGAGGAAUAAUCAAUGUGAAAGGAAAGGGGGACCUGAAGACAUACUUUGUAAACACAGAAAUGUCAAGGUCCCUUUCUCAGACCAACGUGGCAUCCUGAAGAGUCACCUUCAUUUUGGCAAGAAGACUGUAUUUCCAGGAAGUUACCACACACUUUCUGACUGCAACUUCUGUCCCUUGUUUUUGAUGUGCGUGCUCUGUCUGUCCUAUGGAGCCUCUGCAGACUCUUUCCCAUGACCCAGUGGCAUACCGUUUGGUGUCUGACGUGUGCCCAGAUCGUUCUGCCACUUGCACUGUGCUUGCUCCUAAGCAAAAGGGAAAAGGAGCGUGCAUGAUAGAAGAAAAGCAUCCAGAGAACUAACAAAGAGGAGAGAGGUGAAACACACACACACAUUCUUAAGGCAAUAAAACUAGGGGGUGUAUAUUAUCUUCUGGUGCAUGUUCUUUUCUGGAAAAUAACAUAGCUCGCCAACCACAUCCGCUCGUCUGAUACUCAACCACACAGUAUUCGUGAAUAAGUUGAUUCUGUCCCCCACAUGGAGUCUGUGCUUACCUGUCAUCUCAUUGCCAGUGGUGUCCAAGGGCCCCCGUUGGGACCCACGGCUCUCGUCCCUCUGCUCCAUGUGCCUCAUGCCAGCAGCACGUCACCAUCCAUCACCAGAGUUAGUCCUCACAGCCUAGGACCAGUUUUGUACCAGACUCGUCUGAUGUUUUGAUGCCAUUUGUCUUUUGUAAAGUUAAUUCAUUAAAAGUUUUACGUACUUUGA